AUGGCACCAAAGCCAAGACCAUUAUCCCCUGAGGAGCAAGAGCGGAAAUCUCGUCACGAGAGUCGUUCCUCUGCUUCUAAGCCGAAACCAGCGGCAACCCCAAGCUCCACUUCAAAGGCAUCCUCCAAGAAGCCUACUUCAACCCAGUCCCCUCGCCACUCUACCACUAGCCGUGAGCUUCCUCUUCGGGGGAGCCUGCCCCCAAAGCCUCUGAACCCACGCGAGGUCCAAGAUUUGCGUGAACACAAGGCCCGCUUAGAGCAGGAUGCAAAGCGCAAAAGAACUGCCGAAGAGACUGCCUGGAUGCGCAGGGCUGGAAUUGACCCUGCAACUGGCGAAAAGAUUAAGCCAAAGAGCACUGGUUCAAGCAGCAGCGAUUCCCCUAUCCGUCGUGUUGAGUCCCCCGAGCCAUACCCAGCUCACUGGACCGAAGAGGAAAAAUUGAAUCACGAGCGACUGCUCAAAGAGGGCGUCCGAGCUGCGGUUCAUGAACCUCAUCGGCUCGACAAAGACAAAAUUGUCAGACACGAAGACUAUGUCACCAUUGCCUGGGAUGGCUGCAAGAAUCUUGACAUUCCUUGGCAUAGAUUCAAGAUCAAUGACCCUGCGGCGGCUUCUACCACAGGCAAAAUCCAGAAGCGUGUUGGGUACAACACUUCUGGAAAAGAGGUCGAAAUGAUGUUGAAUGCCUACCCCAUAACUGCAUUCCCUGAAAAAUCAGUCUAUCAAUAUGAGAUCAACGUUCUACAUGGAUCUCAAAACGAGACUGACAGACGGGUUCUCCGCAAGUGCUGGAACAGCGAAACUCGAAAGGCGCGUAUCCCGGAUGGUAUCUGGGAUGGCGGAAGAAUUUGCUGGUCUCUAGAGAAAUUUGAGAGAUGGAAUGAGGAGAUUGUCUUCAAGGGUGACAUGGCCCGGGAGCUUAAGACUCUUGCCACUGUCGCGGAAUUCAAGAAUAAUCCAAACUUGAGAAUGUCUGUGAUUCCAAAGCGCCGAGUCAACCUCGCGAUUAUCCAAGCUUGGCUGGGAGGUCGACAGGAUCUCGACCUCGCAGUGAUUGAAGCCUUGAGUUUUCUGGAUCACUUGCUUCGCGAGUGGCCGACAAAGCAAUUUGCUGCUAUUAAGAGAGCCUUUUUCUUCGACAAGCUCGACGAGGAUCAGGAGCUGAAGCACGAAUUCUACAAGCCACUUGCCAACAUGGGUGCUUCCGUGUACCGAGGUAUCUAUCAGGCAAUUCGACCAACACCAAGUGGCCUAGUCCUGAAUGUAGAUGUGGCUCAUUGCGUUUUCUUUUCCCGAAUCAGUUUGAUGGGAUACAUGAUGAGCGCCAACAAUUUCAGCGACAAACAAACAUUGGUGAACAGGUUGAUGCCGGAGCGUGACAAGUAUGGUGGACCUAAGGAGAGCAAGUGGUUUGCCCAGGUCAACAAGAAGAUCCAAGGCCUCCGAGUGGCACUGAACUAUGAGGGUUGUCCAUUCAAGAUGAAAAGCUUCAUAAUCAAGGGCAUGCUCCUGGCAACACCCAAAGAAUAUCACAUUGAUUACUUGGACAAAGCCUCGGGAAAAUCAACUCGCAUGAAUCUCCAGGAAUACUUCACCAAGCGGUACAACGUUCGUCUCGAGUUCCCAAACAUGCUUUUGGUUGAAAUGACGAAAUCCGACGUCCUUUACCCAGCCGAGUUCCUGGUAAUCAAGAGUCUUCAGCGAUACCGUUACAAGCUCAGUGAUGUGGAGGCAGCUCAGAUGAUCCAAUGGUGUGCCACUCGGCCUCAAAAGCGUCUGGAAAAUGCUCGCCAGGCCAAAGAGAUGCUUCGACACAAGGAUGAUCCGAUCUUGAAAGCCUAUGGCAUGAAGAUCAGCGAGAAGAUGAUUCGGACCAAGGCCCGACUUCUUCCCAGCCCAGAGAUUCAGUUCGGUGGUAAUCGAAAGCAUAACCCUGGACACCUGGGGACUUGGGAUCUGCGAGGCAAGAAGUUCUUCAAGGGCAAUGAAAAAGCACUUUCACGCUGGGGUGUGGGCUUCUUCGCUGGACACCGUAAAUCGAUCAAUCAUGAUCAGGCGAUUCAGUGGACUGAACAGUUCGUUAAAAUUUACAAGGCCAUGGGCGGUGAUAUCCAUGAACGACCAGUUGUCAAGCCUUUGAAUGAAGACAUCGGUAGCAGUGUCAAAAAGCUCUACGAUGAAGUUGCUUCACGCGGUAACGGCGAGCCCCAGCUCCUGAUUUUCAUCGUUCCCGACAAAGACUCUUGGGUCUAUCUUCGUAUCAAGAGAUCUGCCGAUUGUCGAUACGGAGCUCCUUCUCAGGUUCUCCAGGCUGCCCAUUGCAUCGCCAAUAAGCCUCAGUACCACGCGAAUGUUUUGAUGAAGGUGAACGCAAAGCUUGGUGGAAUCACUGCUCGCGCCGUCCCGAAGACAAAAGGAUCUGGUCUGCGUCCAGGAUCUAUGAUCAUCGGAGCAGAUGUCACUCACCCAAUGAUGGGCGUGUGGACCCCUUCGUUGGCAGCAAUGUCAGUUUCUGCCAAUUCCACAGCUACACGCUACAUGGGAGGCUGCGAGACCAAUGGUGACAGAGUUGAAAUCAUCCGAGACCAGGUCGCUGAAUUCAUUCUACGUCCUAUGGUUGCGGAAUGGAAAGCCACCGUUGGAGAAGGCAAAGCUCCCGAGUAUGUUUACUACUUCCGUGACGGUGUCUCUGCAUCGGAGUAUCGCCGAGUCCUCACGGAGGAGGUCCCUUCAAUCCGUAAUGCCAUUGCACACGCAUGUAGCGCACCGUCCUGGAAGGGAAAGAUGUGCGUGGUGGUUGCUAACAAGCGCCACAACCUCCGGGCAUUCCCUGACUCCAAGAACCGCCUGGUUUCGGAUCCAAAUGGCGCCCCUCUGCCAGGUACCUUGAUCGACAAGGACGUCACAAGUCCCCAUGAUUGGGACUUCCUACUUUACAGCCACAUUGCGUUGCAGGGAACCCCACGCCCGGUGCAUUACCAUGUCCUGAUGGACGAAAUAGGCCUCAAGCCCAAUGACCUCGAGAACAUGAUCAACGAUCACUGCUACCAGUACAUUCGAUCGACCACCUCUGUCUCGGUUCAUCCCGCGAUUUACUACGCGCAUUUGAUUUCCGUACGCGCACGUCACCACGAGGAUGUUCCAAUCACCUCCGGUCCUCAGAGUGGGCCCGAGGUAAAGACGACCAACCCCAAGCCCACAGAGGCUCGGGCUAAGCGACUGCUCCCCAUUGAAGGCACCUCUAACCGGCUAGCGCUGGGGAUGUGGUACAUCUAA